GCCACCUGGCUGACAUCCAAGACGACAGAUUGCGCGAGGCGCUAGGAACGCUGUCACAGAUGACACAGAAGCUGAAGAGGCUUGAAGUGCUUGAAAGCGAACUCGAGUCGGCCCUUGCAAGCAAACGGAGAGCAGACGAGAAGAAUCAGCUGUUGGAGAAGGCCCUGCAAACAAGUUCUCAUGCUGAGGGGCUGGUUGCUGACGAGCAGCGGCAGAACGCAAAGUUGCGGUCAAGGUUUGAAGAGGAGUGCGCUCAGCUACGCCGCCAGCACUCUGAAGUCAUCCAGACAUCAGAGGAAGAUGCGGCCCAGCGGCUGCUGGAAGCACAGGCAUUGCAGGCGGAAAGAGCUGCGAUGGCUUCCGAGUACCAUGCUCAAGCAGAAGAACAGCAG